AGGCGUUGGCAUGGGUAUGGUGAUCCUAAACGUUGUGUGUGCUUUAUAUUACGUCAUGGUGGUCACGUGGACAGUAUACUAUCUUUACAAUUCUUUUAUAUCACCACUACCUUGGACAACAUGUGGUAAUGCUUGGAAUACAGAGCUAUGUUACAAUGGACCAAUUACGUCGUUACGCAAUGAUAAUUAUUCUCGUAAAGUGGGAUAUAUAAAUAAUACCGAAGUGCAUUCAAGUCUUUCGUUAGCGAAAAACUUCAGUGAUGUUAAUAGUACAAUUUCUAACUCAUCAUCUUACGGAAACUUUUCCAUUGACCGAAUAUCAAGUCAAGAAGAAUUUUGGCAAUAUAAAGUAUUAGACAUGUCGAAAGGAAUAGAGGAAAUGGGAAGUUUGAAUUUAAACAUACUUAUUUGUCUGUUCGUAUCCUGGGUUGUUCUAUUUCUAUGUCUAAUGAAAGGGAUAAAAUCCGUUGGGAAAGUAGUCUAUGUGACAGCUACAUUACCGUAUAUUCUAAUGAUUAUUUUGUUAGUCAGAGGUUUAACAUUACCAGGAGCGAUAAAUGGUAUACGAUAUUACAUAUAUCCUAAUUUUACUAGAAUAGGUGAACCACAGGUAUGGAUUGAGGCAGCAAUUCAAGUAUUUUAUUCAACAUGUGUUUGCUGGGGACCUCUAAUCACUAUGGCGAGUUAUAAUAAAUUCAACAAUAACUGUCUUAGAGAUUCUGUGAUGCUGAUUACAAUGGGAGAAGGUUUCAGUGUUUUUGGUGGAUUUGUUGUGUUUUCUGUUCUAGGAUUUAUGGCACAUUCCAACGGUGUUGACAUAGAAGAUGUCGUUAAAUCAGGGCCUGGUCUGAUUUAUGUAGCAUAUCCAGAAGUCGUAGCCAAACUGCCACUACCAAAUCUAUGGGCUGCUAUAUUCUUUAUCAUGAUAUUGACUAUAGGGCUAGAUUCGCAAUUUGCAGGUAUUGAGCCUAUAAUUGCAGUUUUCUGUGACAGUUUCCGGUAUAUAAGGAAACGAAGAAUGAUGUUUACUGCCGUUUUGAUGGCGGCUUUCUUUUUGUUGGGACUGCCCUUUUGCUUUCAGGGUGGAAUAUAUGUAUUCCAACUAAUGGACUGGUACAUAGCCGCUUUUUGUAUUCCAAUUUUUGGAAUAAUUGAAUGUUUGGUAUUUGGAUGGAUAUAUGGAGCCAACAAUUUUUCCAGAGAUAUAGAACUUAUGAUUGGUCGGCCUAUCCCAAUUGUAAUAAGGAUUUUGUGGUGCUUUGUCACGCCAGUAUUACUUAUUAUCUUACUGAUUAUGAUUGUGGUUCGAUAUGAAUCACCAACGUAUGGAGAUUACAGUUACCCACUAUUAGCUAAUGUAUUUGGGUUUAUAUAUGCCUUAGUUCCUCUACUUCCUGUUAUAAUAUGUGCCUUUAUAACCGUUUUACAGUCUGAAGGAAAUACUGUAUUAGAGAAAUUUAGAAUCUCUUUACGACCAACGAUAUUGUGGCAACCAGGAGAUAAAAAUGAAAGAAAGAGAUACAUAGAAAUGAAUGUAUUGAAUAAACCGACAUAUUCAGAAAGAAUUAGUCUGACGCUUUUGGGUCGAUGAUGUAAGAUGAAUAUGAAUCAGAUUUAAAUCAAUUGACAAACUGUAUUUACCAUUGAGUUCGAUAUAAGUUAAUGAUGUACCAAUAUCAAGAAUUAUAACUAUGAAUGGAUUUCAGAAUUCUUAUUGGCAAAUAUGUGGUUUUUCUGUAAACUACUACGAUUAAAAGUCAUAUUGUAGUUGUUGUUUAACAAGAACGAUCUGGAAAAGUCUAAAUAUAUAAUAUGUUUAUUA